GCAAGGUUAUGGUGUCGGCAAGCCGACAAUUAUAUAUUUACGAAAGUUCUUACUUAUCUGCUGCUUAAUUGUUUAAUACAAGGUGAUUAGUAACAUUGAGAUAAACCCUAGCAUACAUAUAUGAUAAUAAUUCUCUGUAAAGUACUACCUUCAAAAUAUAAGUCAUUGUCUUUCUGACAUUCUGGGCAGAUGAUGAAUUUCACGACCGUUUAGGCCAAAUUUCAGCUUUUCACCCACAAUCCGGCAAUCAACCCGUUGAAGCCACUGAAACUAGUAGAAUACAUUUCGUCGGUCUCUAUAAGCAGUUGAAAGAGCCUAUAUUGUCGAGGGAGAAAUAUAGGCAGUUGGAGGAGCAAGAUAUGUAUUGGUGUUAUCAAGGCUAUACUAGCACGAAUAGAUGAAUGGGUAUAUACCUGAUUCUUUAUGCGAAUAGUUCUUAGUUCAUGCUUUUAUCUUAGUGUAGGUUUUCCAAAUGUGACGCGGAGAAAAUCGUUGUCCACAGAAAGAUUAUUUGUCCAAGAGGGGAAAAAGAAUAAUUGGCUCGCAGAAAAGUGAGAGUAAAAGCGCAGUAUACCAAGGCCUCCAAACUUUUGUUCUUGAUUCAACUUUGGAUAGAUGGGUUUUGCGCUGCAACAAAUUAUCAUAGCAAUACUCCUGUUGCGGAAACCUAGUCCAUCUCAUUCAUGUUUUCGCUUUCUCUAAAACAACAAUCGAUUCCUUCUUCUACAUUCCGACGUAGCCAUCAUGGGAGCAGAAAUUAGCACUACUGUAUUGAGGCGUCUUCAAAAGGAAACAAUUGAUGAUAUAUUGCAGGAUAAAAAGGUAAGUUCUUCUCAACCAUUGCAAUUAAUUGCUCGCAGUUGACCUGCGCUCCAGCUUCUCAAGGUACUAGUCGAUGCAAUACCAUCUCUGUCAAAAGCAUCCAAAAAGGCUCUUCGAACUGUCACGAUCACUCCGACGAAAACCAAGCAACCAAAAGGAUCAAUAGAAAUCUCAAAGUUGCGAUAUUUAGAAAGUCCAAAGUUGCGACCUUUAGUGAAAGUUACCGCCGAAGAUGUGCGCCUCCCGAAAGCUGUUCAGCUCGAAUUCCAACAGUGGCUGGGCGACUGAACCACAUUUCUUGCCAUCGGGCAACGGUUCUGCUUUUGCUCUUCGAAUCCUCGCAUCACGUGUUAUUACUAAUCCCGUGACCUAAUUGUUACCUGUCGUAACACUCUCUUGGAAACCCUGGAUGUUUGUUUUUACUUCCUGAGUCGAUAGGUGAUCCUCUGUAAGUGUGAUCGCUUUAACGUGCUCUUCUAGACUAAUACAACACUUUAAUGAAAUAGCUUGGAAGAUUAUUUACCAAUAAAGGGUGCUGCUCACGAAGAAACUGUUGCACUCCUUCAAUCAGCGGACAUCAAGAAAAAGACUGAGAAGGUGCAUGCUGCUGGGCUUGAUGAGAGGAUUCGCGCAGGCCUUUUGCAACCGUUUAAAUGGCAUUAUUCAACCGCGGCAUCAACUGAGCACUCCUCGCACCCAAGACCUGGGCUUUCAAAAGAACCGUUCGCAUCUGCAGCAGCUGCUCCCGCGAUCAGUAUAACCCAAGGCACACAGUUUCCAGAUUCAGAAGGUACGAGUUCGUCGAUUCCUGAAGAGUUUAGCCAAGGCUCAUGAUGUAUAGAUAAAUGAUCAAAGCGCGAUGGAUAUAUUAAGUGCGGCUGCAGGUAAUGUGGAAACAACAUUCUUCUAUGUAAGCCGCUGUACUGAUAGGUAUAGCUCUUGAGCAAUCAACGACGGCAGCAUUUACCGAUAUAUCAUACCUGUCUGUUAGUGAUUUAAGUAAGUGGAAUUUCAUCUAAAAAAUCAUAGCUAACUUCACUGAUAGACGCCGAUCCUUCAAAAUGGAUGAUGCAAUCCUAGCAAGCCUUCUAACCGCAAGGCGAGCAGAGACACGAUAUGUCUGAACUCGCUUCCUUCGAUGCGUCUUGGCUCCCCUUCAAUACAUAUAGCGCCUCCGAUAUAUUGCCGUUCCCGAUUGCUACCACCGAAAAUCGUUACAACGCCGCGGCUGUUGCAUCACAUGAACUCCCCUCGUUGGAUAACUUGACCGAAACGCCCUCCUAUCAUCAACCAUAUCAAUAAGUUACAACGACAAGACAAUAUAGCACAGGACUAAUUUUGACAUCCUUGGUAAUAUGUAUCAUCGAUCCAGGAUUUAGACGUUGACUAGGGUCGGGAGUAGAAUCGGGUCUGCUGAAAACGAAU